CCAUAGGCAAAGGGUCGCGGCGAAGUCGUGCAAGGAGCCUUUUGCUUCCUUGGCAGCAAAGCUGACGGCGGGCGCUGCAUGAUGGUCUCGCGCGUCCUCGGCUCCCUCCGCAGAGCUGCGUUAUCGGGGUGCAAAGCCCAGCCAAGUCUGUAUCAGGUUUGCUCCUCUCUUGCCACGGGACCCAGGCAAGAUGUUGGCACCUUCUAUGAACUCCGUACUUACGAUAUCAAACCAGCAAAGGCAAAGGAAUUCCUCGAGUUGGUCAAUAAAAGCAUCAACAUUCGCAUGGCUCACUCAGAGAUGAUUGGAUUCUGGACAGCGGAGUUUGGGUCAAUGAAUAAGGCUUUCCACAUUUGGAAAUAUGACAACUUUGCCCACAGGAGAGCUGUAAGGAAAGCUGUGGUCGCUGAUAAGGAAUGGCAGGAAAGAUUGUCAGUACUUCUGCAAUUCCUAGACAAGCAGCAUAUGGAAAUUGCUUACAUGGUCCCCUGGUGUGAGCUCGGGAGUUCUCCAAAGCCAGGGGUUUAUGAGUUGGUUACUUAUCAGCUGAAACCAGGUGGACCCGCUUUGUGGGGAAAGUCAUUUAAAGCAGCAAUUGAUGCGCACAUCAGCAAAGACUAUUCCAAACUGAUUGGUGUCUUCCAUACAGAAUAUGGAUUACUUAAUACAGUUCAUGUGCUUUGGUGGUAUGAGAAUCCUGAUAGCCGUGCGGCUGGGAGGCAUUUUGCCCACGAAGAUGCCAGGGUGGUAGCAGCAGUACGGGAGAACGUUCAGUACUUGGAAUCCCAGCAAAACAUGCUCCUGAUUCCUGCACCAUUUUCGCCUUUGAAAUAGUUCUCUAACAGAUGAAAGGCAACAGAUGAACACAUCCUUUCUUUAUUUCGGCCCUUUUAUCCUCCAAUUGCAAUGUUUGUGCCUUGAUGCAAAUUGAGUGUAGCCUUGCAAAAUGUUGAAAUACGUGUGCGAAACUUGAUUUUCCCGCCGCUCGCUAGCAAAGAAUACACACUAGCUUGCUUGUCUUAAAAAUAUGUAGAUUCAAACUAUAUUUAUGUAUUUACUUAUUAUGACAUUUAUAUCCCAUUUGUCCUCCAAGGGAUUUAAGUGGGCUUAUAUGCUUCUUCUCUCCAUUAUAUCCUCACAACAGCCCUGAAAGGUAGGCUAGGCUGAGUGAUAGUGAUUAGUCUGAGGUCACCUGGUAGGCUUCAUGGCCAAAUGGAAAUUUGAACCCCUGGUCUCUCAGUUCCUGGCCUGAAUAUCUAACCACACUGGCUCUCAAAUUCUGUGAACAUCUUAGGUUACAUUUAACACACAAUCAGCUCUUAGGUUUUUAUCAUAGCUAAGAGAAGUGAAAAUAUGCAGGACAAAUCUGAGCUGAUGCUUUUUGUUUUAUGCACAUACCGUUUUAAAAUCGUGAAAAGUAAAGUAAAAUAAAAUAUUACACCUCCAAACAUCCCAGAAUCCCACCGGAUUAAUCUGAGCCUUAAUGGGGAAUCUACCAUACAUUAACAUAUAAUUCCUAGUACUGCUUUUGCAGAUUAACAUCCACUAUCCAGAUUACAAUGAAGCAUGAACAGUGUUAAAAUUAGAGAUGCAUUUCCCAAUAAUGUUUUAACUAGAAUAGAUUGUUCAGGCUACAUCUGAUUACUUUGUGGGAUUCGUUAUGGGAAGAAAUGACGAUCAGGGUCGUCAAUGUAAAAUUAAAAAAAUGGAUGAAGUCCUUCUGAAACACCCCCCAACUGAAUUGUGUGUGUAAUAUUUUAGUAACUGGUUUUUUCCUGCAUUAUAGAGGACAACUAUUUCCCCAAGGUUUAAGCUUUUAAGCCCAAUAAACUUUUAUAAAACCCCGAAGUUUUAUAGCACAAUGAGAGGUUAGCUGUCAACUAUCCCAAGUCAUACGCCCACACCUCUGGGAAAGUGUCCUCUACAAUCCGUUUCAACAUGUCAUUCUGGCACAUGACACUACCAGAUAUGGUGACCUAUAUGGCAAAAGCAGAAAUAGAACCGAAGACUAAAUCUCAAGGGGUGCAAUACUGUUUAGUCGCCUGGGCCUCUUUCCUGAUGCAUACCGCUAUCUCACUCCACAGGUAUAUUUCCAUGAGUCACAAAAGGAACUCUGCUUUGAUUUUGAAAUUAGUUUUUCUGUUUCUAAAAUCACACCACACACAACAGUGGGGAUUUUGUACCAUGUCCCCCAACACUCCCCCAUUUCCCUUUUUAAUUUAACAUAAUCAGACAGAACAGGAAUUCUAUAAAGCUCGCUGAUUAUUUUGUUACUUUCUUUUUGGUUAGUUCUAAUAAAGAUAUUAACCUGCCA